UAGCUUGUGAACAGGUGGGGUGGAUUCAAGAUCCAGGAAGCUUUAGGCCACUGCGGUGGAUGGAGAGCCAGAGGAAUCCACCACUGUGGGCUCUUAGGAGGCCUGGGGCUUCUGGUUCUUCAGGAAGUUUCCUGGGCUGAGAGAUGUAGCUGCGCCUGCCUUUGGGCCUGGCUCACCAAUGGGGCAUCCCGCAGCCCCCUAAGGAUCUGAGAGAGCACAAGGGCAGGGCUGGAGAGGUGACUGGUGGCGCUGUGUCUCCUUGGCUCCCACUGGGGGUUGGUCUACCGGGCACUGGGGAAGAGGAGAGGCUGAGUGGUCUGAUGACACAGGGUGUGCCGAAUGAAGAUUGUGAAGUCACAGAGGAAGUGGGGUGCUACAGCCGGGCCUGGGGCUGACCUGGGGCAAGAGGAGGAAAGGUGUUGCUCAGGCAGACCUGUGGAAGGGAGCCUCUGGGAUCAGCGGGGCACACCUGGUGCCCACAGUGGACUGAUGAGUCGGAUGCAGGGGCCUCCAUGGCUGUGAUAAGCCUUCUGUUCUUGGCAGUGAUGUACGUUGUCCACCACCCCUUGCUGGUCAGUGACCGGAUGGACUUGGACACGCUAGCCAGAAGCCGGCAGCUGGAAAAGCGGAUGAGCGAGGAGAUGCGCCAGUUGGAGCUGGAGUUUGAAGAGAGGAAGCGAGCAGCAGAGGAGAAGCAGAAGGCAGAGAACUUCUGGAGAGGGGACACCUCCGGUGACCAGCUAGUGCUGGGGAAGAAGGACAGGGGGUGGCCGUUCCAGGUGGACGGCCAGGAGGGCCCCCUGGGCUGGAUGCUAGGAAAUCUGUGGAAUGCUGGCCUCUUUUGCAUUUUUCUCAUUUUUGAGCUCCUGCGACAGAACAUGCAGCACGAGCCAGCCUUUGAUUCCAGCAGCGACGACGAUGAGGAGGAGGUCCGAGUGGUGCCCAUCACCUCCUACAACUGGCUCACUGACUUCCCCUCCAGGGAGGCCCUGGAGUCCUUCCACAAACACCACGUCCAGAACGUCACCCGGGACCUGCCCUGCACCUGCGAGUUUGUGGAGAGCUUUGUGGAUGACCUCAUCGAGGCCUGUCGGGUGCUCAGCCGCCGGGAGGCUCACCCACAGCUGGAGGACUGCCUGGGCAUCGGGGCGGCUUUCGAGAAAUGGGGAACCCUUCAUGAGACCCAGAAGUUUGACAUCCUGGUGCCCGUCAUCCCCCCACAGGGCACAAUGUUCGUGCUGGAGAUGAGGGAUCCGGCCCUCGGCCGCCGCUGUGGCUGCGUGCUGGUGGAGUCAGGAUGCGUGUGCAAGCGCGAGAAGCUGCUGGGGGACGUGCUGUGCCUGGUGCACCACCACAGGGACCACUCGGCCCUCGUGGGUAAGUCUAACAGCUCCAUCAAGGCGGCGCUCUGCACCGGCUCCCACCUGGACGUGUACAAGACUGUACAAUGGUUCCGGAACAUGGUGGGCAAUGCCUGGGCCCUUGUGGCCCACAAGUAUGACUUCAAGCUCAGCUUGCCACCGUCCACCACCUGUUGCAAGCUCAGGCUGGACUACCGCUCAGGCCGCUUCCUCUCCAUCCGCCUGGUCCUGGGGGUGCAACGGGAAGACACCUUGGUCUACCUGGUGAGUCAGGCCCCCGACCAGGAACAGGUCACCAGUGUGGACUGGCCCGAGUCCUUUGCAGCCUGUGAGCACCUGUUCCUAAAGCUGGUCGGGCGUUUUGCUCCCGAGAACACCUGUCACCUCAAGUGCCUCCAGAUCAUUUUGAGUCUCCGGGACCUUCAGAGUUUACCCCAGGGAGCGUCCCGCCCCAUCCUCACCUCUUACCACUUCAAGACAGCCCUCAUGCACCUGUUACUGCGGCUCCCCCUCACAGACUGGCAACACGACAUGCUCUCCCAGCGACUCCAGGACAUCCUCUGGUUCCUGGGCCGAGGCCUCCAGCAGAGGUCUCUCCAUCACUUCCUCAUCGGUAACACCUUCCUGCCCCUGACCAUCCCGAUUCCCAAGACAUUUCGGAAUGCUGAGCCCGUCAAUCUCUUCCAACACCUGGUGCUAAACCCCAUGGCACAUUCACAGGCGGUGGAAGAGUUCCACAACCUUCUGGCCCAGGUGAAAGCUCUGCCCUGUUCCUCGCUGGCCGGGGCACGUUGACUUGUAUACAGGCCAUUAAAAAGGGGGAGACGGUAUUUCUGAUUCCUCAGGCAGCAAAAAGAGUUUUAUUUCUCAGACACAUCAGCAGUAUGUGUGACCUUCACCUUGCCAGGAGGGGGUUAUGAUAGAUUAAGACACUUAGGUAUACAUGAAGCGGUUAUGAGGAGGGGUCCAGCCUGCAGGGGCUAAUCUAGGGUGGGUCUUUGAAGUUUUCUUCUCCUGACUUAACUUUCAUCAUGACCCAAAGAAGGCCCAGGGAAAUGGAUGUUAUGGGAUUGCCUUGCUGCUAAAGAAUUGAGAUCUGGAGGGGACCUGUGAAGUUGGGGUGUGUAGCAACACUGGAAGUGAAAGAACCAGAGAAUACCUCUAUUCCAGCUUAUUCUGUGUGUGUGUGAAUGACUCCACACACAAACCUUGUAAACUGGCUUCCUUACUGAACUCAGCCCAAUUCACAGCCAAGCUGGUAGCACCCCAUUUUAUCCCAAAUACUGUUACGGCAGCUUCUCGUUAUUUUAGGAUCAGAGUUUUCAGACCUUCAUUAUUUGAAGAUGUUUAUUUGCCAUUUUCUUCAUUUAGCCCUUUCUUCAUGUUAUGUGAAAUAUAAUAUAGCUGUUUUAUGCAUCUGAGAAAAACUCCAAUGCUACCCAAAUAACUUAUUAGCAUUGAUUCACAAACAAAUAUUAAGUCGACAAUGGCCUGUCCCAUAAUUGAGAUGAUGUGUAUUCUAAAGUUAAUGACAUUGCCAACAUCCGAUAGCCAACUUCGGGCCUGGAAACAUCAAAAAACCCUUAAGGAGGACAGUCUCUUGGGAGGCUUGGAGAUGAACAAUUACUGUUUCUGAGGGGAGUCACUUAUUUGUUAAAUGGAAAGAAGGUUUAGCUACCACAUGUAGCUAUGCUUCUUUUCAGUCUGGUAAUGCCUUUGUAUUCUCUCUUCAAAGAUGACAAGGUAUUAUUUGAACUAUGUUUUUGGGUUUGCAAAGCGGGGUCAUUGCAAUCCAGGCCCAUUGCCAGGGCUGGACAGGAAGGGGCUGUGAAGCUGAUCAGCUCAAACAAAGCCAUGAUUCUGGAGAUGUGAUUGGUAUAUUUCCCCGUCUUUCAAAACCCUGGGUAUCCUGGGGAGGAGCAUUAAGAAAUGUGAGACUCUAGCUGUGGGUGUGGUUGUUUUGGAAAUACCAGUGCUAUUCCUAGCCAACACACCAGCACUGCCGGGAGAACCGGGCCCCACGUUUACCUUGACCUUGGGUGGGGGGAGCUCGGGGUGGGGUUAGAUGCUGGCCACAGAGGCUUUGGUUAUAGAAUCCACAUCCUCCCUUCCACAAGAAUAAAUGACAAGGGUCCCAGAUGCUGAUGCCAGCCAAUAUUUAGGGCCCCCACUGCUGCACAAUAGCUGCUAGGUUCUGACGUUGUCUGUAGGUAUCGGCCAGGUGCUGCUUUCAAGGUCAGAUGCAGUGAUGCUGAUUCUCUGCUGGUGGGAUUCUGGUGUUUUAAAAACAUCUAUAUGCUUUUGUUUAGAAAGUAAUUUGCUGAUGUUUUACUUCCAAGUCAAUAAAGGAGACUAUUUUCUGUA